AUGCAUGACAUGGCGGGCGAUCUCCUGAUAACUAGGGCAAACCUGCCUCUCCUCCUCCUGGUGAUCCUCUCCUCCACCGCCGUCCACGGCGUGCCGUUGCCGGACCCAUGCGCCGGCCGCCGCAUCCACGUCCGGCGCCUCCCGGCGCGCUUCAACACGGACCUCCUCCGCCACUGCGACGGCGCCUUCCCGCUGGCCGACCACCCCUUAGCCACGCCCUCCUGCGCCUCGCUCGCCAACCACGGCCUCGGCCCGCGCACCCACAACCGCUCCCGCUCCUGGUACCGCACCGACGUGCGCCUCCUCGAGCCCUUCUUCCACCGCCGCCUCCUCGACCGGGACUGCCUCGCCGACGACCCCGCCCGCGCCGACGCCGUCUUCCUCCCCUACUACGCCUCCCUCGACGCGCUCCCCUUCCUCCUCGACCCCGCCAUGCUCAACUUCUCCGGCGCGCACGGCGCCGCCCUCGCCCAGUUCCUCGCGACCGACCGCCCGCGGGUCCUCGCCCGGCGCCACGGCCACGACCACUUCCUCGUGCUCGCCGGCCCGGCCUGGGACUACGCGCAGCCGGCCGACACCGAUCCCAGGCUCUGGGGCACCACCUCGCUGCUCCGCCGCCCCGAGUUCGACAACUUCACCUUCCUCACGCUCGAGUCCCGCGCGUGGCCGUGGCAGGAGCACGCCGUGCCGCACCCGACGUCCUUCCACCCAUCGUCCCUCCCACGGCUCCGCGCAUGGAUCGCCCGCGCGCGCCGCUCGCGCCGCACGGCGCUGAUGCUCUACGCCGGCACCGUGACCAGGCCGUCCCGCCCCAACAUCCGGAGCUUCAUCCUCGCCGAGUGCGCGAACCGCACCGACACAUGCACCGUCGUCGACUGCCAUGGCGGGUCCUGCGCGCUCGACCCGGUGCGCUCCAUGCGGCCCAUGCUGAAGGCCAAGUUCUGCCUGGAGCCGCCGGGGGACACGCCGACGCGGCGUUCGACGUUCGACGCGGUGGUGGCCGGGUGCGUGCCGGUGUUCUUCGAGGACGCGUCGGCGAGAACGCAGUACGGGUGGCACCUGCCGCCGGAGAGGUACGAGGAGUUCUCGGUGACCAUACCCAAGGACGCGGUGAUGCUGGGGGGCGUGCAGAUCAUGGAGACCCUGGCGGCGGUGCCGGAGGAGGAGGUGGCCAGGAUGCGGGAGCGGCUUCUGGAGCUGGCGCCGAGAGUGGUCUACCGGCGGCACGGUAGCGCGGCAGAGAGGAUGAGGGAGGCGAGCAUGGACGCGGUGGACAUUGCCGUGGAGGGCACGCUGCGGAGGAUACGUGGGCGGGUGCGCGCUCUGGAGGAUGGCCGGCCGGAGGCCAUGUACGCCAUGGAGGACGACGACCAAGAGAUCUAG